GUAUCGUUCGUCAGAGUUGGAGAAACGCUCUUUGAAUGCUAAUGUCGACAGGACAAUCGAAAGAAACGAAAAAACGAAGCGUGUUUCGGGGAGGUCUACGUAAAUCAUAAGCCGUCUCCAUGCAAGCAAAGGAUUCCCCGCCGCAGGACAUUGCACUUGAGCAAGACGCCUAUCAACAGGAGAGUGCCUACUCACCCUUAUCAUUGCCAGAUGUGGAUAUCGUGUGUUCCCGGUGCUGUGGCUUCAGCUACAAGGAUGGAUUAAUUCUAGGAAUGCUAUUUUUCAAUUUAAUCAUGUUCAUAAUCUGGUAUAAUAGCAUACGGAAGUACUUCCCUACCGAGAGAGACCUAAGUAGAAAGUUUGGGUUUUUGAGAUGAGCGCGACGGGAACGAGUCAAAAUUGUCGAACGAACACGAGAGCUACGAGGCGGUUAUCCUGAUGAAGUGCGACAUACAGAAAACCAUAUUUGUCUGAAGAUUCAAAAUAACUUGCCAUCUUCACGAUGGCAACGUCACGGUUCAACUGGAGUUUAUACAAGCGCUGACUCUCUGAGGACGUCCAAAACGUGUGUUUAAGGUGAGCUGUGCCGUCACAAGAUAGAGGAUCUACUUUAAAACUACUGGACCAUGCUUGGAACCCGAAUACUGCUGGGUUUGCUCAGUGCGACAACGGUAAUUGCAGUGUUUGCGACAGCUGUUGCCGCCCAGGAGGAUGAAACUAAUAACGACUUCAACAGAACUGUCAAACGCUCGAAAAGAGGAUAUGAAUACAUAGACUAUGUUCCACACUAUGAGUCGAAAUCUUCGCAUUACGGCCAUGCGGUAGGCCAUUCUUAUGGAGGUGGCAAGCACUACCAUCAUCAUCACCACAGCCACAAGUAUAGCCAUUGCAAACAUUGCCACAAAAAACACUACCAUGAUAAGAAACACGUGAGCUUAACGGGUCUUUUAGCUCUUUUGGCUCCUUUGGCACUGCUUCCGCUAAUUACCGGCGCAGUCGCACCGUUGACGAUGGCCCCUCUCGUGGUACCCGCCAUGACCCAGGUCGUAGCUGGAACAGCCGCGGCCACUUCCGGCCGACGAAAACGCCGUUCUCUUCCGUCUUUUGGCGUUGACUCUAUCCACAAGUAUCUACAGAAGGUUAAUCCUACAGGUGAAUAUAACGAUGAAGUUAUGGCACAGUAUCUGAAAUGUAGCGGGAUGUUGGACGCGAAGAACCACUGUCUUGAGAGACUGACAUGUCAAUACACCGCCGGAACUCUUAGCAGUCUCGAAAAGGAAGUUGCAUCUCUAAUUAUCUACACGAUCGUGAAGAAUAGGUUUAUCCCUGAGACGUUCAAGGAACAGAUGAGGAAAGCAGCAUCAUCGGGCCGGCAAAGCGCGCUCAAAUGCUAUGCUUUUCAUUGUAAUAGUCAUAAAAAUACCAAUGCAUUUACGGGAUUUGGAAACUUUAAGUAGAACGACUAUCCAUGCUGCUGAUUAAGGAGGCCUUGUGGACUAUUAUAUCAACUUCCGGACGCCGCUUUGUUGCUCUGAAGCUCUAUCAUUUGCCACAAUCCUUGCUCUAUGAAAACGUUUCAAUGCAUCUAUAAAAUGUUGAACGCAACACGUUUCAGGAAAUUAGCAAGCGGUCGCAGGAGCAUCACCCUUUUGCUUUUUACGUAAUAACAUAGCUAAACAUUAAGUAAAAAGUUAAUUAGAGCUAUAUCUAGCAAUUUUCUCUUAAUUUUGUUAGCGUUUCAUCUCCAUUCGAUAUUUCAGGUAAGCAAAGGUAUUCUUUAGUUUCUUUGAAGUGGUAUUUUAUGACUAGUAACACUGUUGGCCACAGCUGGCAAGAUAACUUUAGAAAGGUAUAGGUGUUCUUUGAAUAUCACUCGGUGAAAUUUCCCACUUAAAAGCUAUGGUAUCCGAGAUUGUUGGUCAUCCUUUCUUUGACGACUGUUAUUUGCCGGUAGGUAGUUUAAAGGCUAAUGUAAUUCGUGAUGGAAAUGCCCCACAGUGUGUUAGCUGAUGCUUACUAAUCAGGCGAUUCUUUGAAGACGGCUAGGUAAAAGAAGAACGGCUGACACGAUCGAAUAGGACCAAUCGAGUUGCAGUAGAUAUUUAAGAUACAAAAGUAAUUACGAGAAAGGCGAUGUAUAUGGCUCGUUGGGAUUUUCGCAGUGGUGUUUCGUUAUUGUUGUCUAUAAGAGGUGACUUAAUAAGGUUAUAGCGAUAUAAGGAUAUUCUCCCUGAAGUCGCACAAUCAUCAUACUUAGGCAGAUGCACUUAUUCUGACACGUUUGGUAAAGCCCUGUUAUUUUUCUAUUGACUAGACCCUUAGAGGGUCAGGCCGACCAGAUACACUGGGCUGUUGGGUUCAAUUUGGAGGACAGACGUUUACUUACGCUGGCAGGUUUGUUCGUAUUGUUGCCGAUGCGCGAUACCUACUAUAGAAACUUAUAUCAGUCCUCUGAA